GGACACUACCUUUUCUUCUGUCUAUGUUCAGAGCUUUGCCUGCGUUAUACAGGGGUGCAUGCCGCGGUACCUCGUACUCAACACUGUCUAGAUUAACAAGAGUGGCCAAGAAAAUGAAUCGGACUUUACCUUCAGAUCCGCUGGUUUGGAUUGACUGCGAAAUGACUGGCUUGAAUUACAAGCGAGACAAAAUAAUGGAAAUUGCUGUUCUCAUCACGAAUGGCGACCUGGAGAUAAUCGACGAAGGACUGGAAUACGUGGUCCGGGUGGACGAGAGCAUUCUCAACAAAAUGGACGAGUGGUGUACAAAACAACAUGGAUUGUCGGGUCUGACACAAGCAAGUCUGAACUCACCCAACUCGAUUGAUUUUGUCGCCGGGCGGGUCCUUGAAUACAUCAAAAGAUGGGUACCCGAGCCGAGGACCGCGGUAUUAGCAGGCAACUCCGUACACGCAGAUAGGGCCUUUCUCCUUGAAGAAAUGCCCGAAGUCGUUGACUAUCUGCACUACCGCAUUGAGCUGUGCCGCAGAUGGUAUCCCUCCCUGCCCCGUCCGGACCUCCACAUUCAGAGCAAGCAUCGGGCUCUUGACGAUAUCAAGGGAUCCAUUAAAGAGCUACGGUAUUAUCGAGACAAUGUCUUCGUACCACCAGAAUCCCGCAGAUAGGGGAGAUCAUACUGUUUCUCAAGUUCCGUGGUAGCCAUAUUUCGGCAUGGCCUGUCGUCUAGUGUAAUGGGCCCAUUAUUCUGCAACGUCUAGGGCCUCAUCCCCAAGGUCUUUCUACGUUAUUAUCCACGUGGAAAGUAGAUGAGUCCAACCCUGCGGUUAUAGCAAUGGACUGGUCGCGUAGACUGCUACUUGAGAUUAAGAUAUAAAUUGCCCUGUGUACCUGCCC